AUGAUCGACGACAAUCAGUAUGAUUAUCUUCUUUCACAGCUGCAACUGUUGAUUGUGACUAACUCUAAGACUGCCUUCCACGCCCACAAUGCUGUUCGGUACUUCGGUUCCUUUUUAGGCGUCGCCGGCAGUGCCGGCAACAUCCCAGCUGUCCUUGCUCUUACCAUCGGUGGGGCUGGUGUUGGUGGAAUUGUAGCGUCCACGGUUUUCCGUUCCAAGGAUGCCCCUGGUUAUAGGCCCGGACUAUGGGUCGCUAUCAGCGCACAGUUCGUCAUCAUCCUCACUACUUGUGCCCUCACUGUGUUCUACCACUACAAGAACAAGGCUGUCCGCGAAGGCCGUGCUCCACCAAUCGAGGGGCGCCCAGGAUUCUAUCGUAUGUACUGA